UCAGAAUAGAGAGUCCAGCGGAGGAGGAGGACGAGAGGACGAGGGUCUCAAACCCUCGCUAUCAGGACGGAGCAGACGGUCCAGCCCACACACACACACACACACACCCACACACUUACACACACACACACACACUUACUAACACACACACACACACACACACUCUCAUGGACGCCACCCGCCCGCCUUGCUGGACUCGAACCGACGCUCUGGAGUGAGUCUCUCUUCAGCCCGUCAGGAUGUCGGUGAAGCUGCGGUUCGAGUCUUCGGGAGAGGGCGGUUCGGUCCGGAGGAGCCGCUCCUUCACCGGGUUCAGCUCCUUGACCGGCCGGCAGCGGUCUUCUGCGCGGAACUCCCUUCGCCUCAAAGCCUUGGCCAGGAGUAAAUCUCCCAGGAUGCACUUCUCCCCGGGUCGCGGGACGGGCUCUGUCUGGUCCCUGCAGCCGGAGCAGGUGGACCGGGUCUUCCUGGCCCUCAGCCGAGGACUCAAGGAAUAUCUGGAGAGUCACAUGACAGAGAUGGACUUCCUGUCCUCACAGCAGCGGGAGACGAAGAGGAACUCCAGACUGGCGUUCCUCUACGACCUGGAGAAGGAGAUCCGAGCGCUGGAGCGGCACAUCCGGAGACUGGAGUUCCAGAUCAGCAAGGUGGAAGAGCUGUACGAGACGUACGGCGUGCAGUGGCGUCUCUGCCAGGGAGCCCUGAACAUGAGGAGAGCUUUCUCUCUGUCUCCGUCCAGCAGAGGAUCCAGAGAGAGUCUGGUGGAGUUAGGACGGAGCCACCGGGUCAGCCUGCAGGAAAUGUCGUCCAUGGAGGGAGACCUGGAGCGUCUCCUCGGGGAGCUACACAUCAGGAUGAAGGGUCUGAUCGGCUUCGCUCGGCUCUGCCCCGGCGACCAGUACGAGGUGCUGGUGCGGUUGGGCCGGCAGCGCUGGAGGAUCCGAGGCAGGAUCGAGUCGGACGACACGCAGUCCUGGGAGGAAGAGGAGAUCGUCUUCCUCCCUCACAUACACCACAACUUUGAGAUAAAGGUGACGGAGGCCAAGGGUCUGGGCUGGCUGCUGGUCGGCAUGGUAACGUGUGCCAGUGCUGACUUCUUCGUGGCGAAGCCGCAGCUGAUGCUGGUGGACAUCACGGAGCUGGGAACCAUCAAGCUGCAGCUGGAGGUCACCUGGAAUCCGUUCGACGGCGCCGAGAGGAUGAAGCCGCUGUCCGUCAGCCGCCAGUCGGUGUCCAGCAGGAAGAGCUCGGUGUACAGCUGGACGGCGCCGAGCACGCCCUCCUUCACGGAGAAGUACUUCCUGUCGAUGGUGCGGCAGCUGCAGGACCCGGACGGCUCCCUCCCCUCCCUGUUACCCAGAAGCCACCACAGCAGGGGGGGCGUGUCCCUGAUCAGCUACCUGUCUGACCCCGCCCACUCCUCCGCCGGGCCGUACUCCCCCAGCUACAGCCGGGCCACCAGCCUCGGAGGGAGUCGCACCCAGCUGUCCCUCGGAGAGGAAGACGAGCUGGAAACGAGGGAGGAGGAGGAGGACGAGAAGACGGGAGUGGAGGAGUGGGAGAGUCCUCCGUCAGCGAAGGAGAGGAACGAUUCUUCUCCUGCAGAGUUACAGAGAUCCACCACUCCAGACAUCCUCAGGAACCCGGGCGGAGAAGCAGCCGAUGAGAGAGACACAAAAGAGGUAAAUUCUGCUGCGGCCCCGCCCACCUCGCCGGCCCCGGCCCCGGGGGGGUCAGGGGUCACGGCCGCCCAGCGCCGGGCCCUGGCCCUUCGGCUGGGGGCCCUGAUGGCGGAGCUGGAGAAGACCCUGCAGGACCAGGACGGCUCGGACCCUGAGCUGCGGACCCUGGAAGACCGGCUGGUCCACCUGGGAACCAUCCUGAAGAACAACCUGUCGCUGCUGCGGCGCUCGUCCUCCGAGGAGACGCUGGCCGUGGAGGAAGUGCUGGGCAGCUUCGACUUCCUGUCACAUGACCUCGGCGCCGAGGACGACGCGUCCUGCCUGGAGGACAGCGGCAUCGGCUCCAUCCAGCGGAGCAUUCUGGGAAGUCCGGGCCUCCCGUCUCCGGCCAGCCGCUCCGGCUCCGAGGAGGACCUGGUGGCCCCGCUGACUUCUGGGAACUGGAGUCUGGACCAGGCCCUGGAGACGCACCUGGACCUGUGCUGCAUCCUGCUGCAGAUGCUGAGGACGAGCGAGUUCGGGCCAACGCGGCGGGAGCUGCUGGAGGAGGCGUCCCGCCAGGCAGACGUCCUGGACCGCGUCAGCUUCCUGCUGCUGGAGAAGAGCGACGGCGUCGCCGCCCGAGACGUCCUCCCCGAGGCCCAGCGGUCCCGGAACGUCCUUCUGUUCUGGGACGAGUGCGUCCUGGACGCCGCCGGCCCGUUCUGCUGCCACGUUGACGGAUUCUCCCGCGCACUGAAGCGCCGCUACACCCACAAGGUGAAGGCCAAGCGGCCCGGCCAGUCGGACCAAGUGUUCUCCCAGCUCCUGGUUCUGGUCCAGUCCCCGUGCCGGCUGGUUCCGGGCUGCCGGCCCGUCUGCAGCCCGGACCGGGUCACCGUGUUCCAGCUGUUGGUCCACCUGCAGCGGAGGGGGGUGAGAGAGCUGGGGGAGCACAUCUCCCGCCUCUCCAGGGAAGAGCACAUCCUGUCGGCCCUCGGAGGCCCCAAACGGAGGCGGGUCCUGGCCAGGCUGAGGGGGCGGAGCAUCGCAGAGCUCCUCCCCCUGGGCGGGACCCUGCGGACCCUCGCCGCCCUGCAGCUCCACCCCAACCACAAGGUCUGCAAGGCUGCGUCCAGCUGCAUCAGCAGAGCCGCCGGCUGCAAGAACUUCAGGAGCAAAGCCGUCGUCUUCUACACGGAGAGUCUGCAGAGCUCCGACCUGCAGCUGCAGCUCAGCUCCUGUCUGGCCCUGAAGAGUCUGAGGGCGGUGGAGAGUGUGGAGCUCAUCUCAGACCUGUGGAGGACGGAGGACGAAGAUCUCCGCAGCGUUGCCAAGGAAACCGUCCUCUCCUUCGGUAAAAAGGGAUACGGAGCUUUCCAGAAGAUGGACCAGUUGUACGCCGAGAUGGAGGAGGAGGUUUACAAGAACCUGGAGGAGGAAAUCACGUUUCUAUAACUCGGGGAUGAGACCUGGAAUCACGCAGAGCUCUGGAUGUGGAACCGACUCUAAACCAGGAUAAAGUCCCCGAGCCGUGAACCGGAGCUGCUCCUGGAUCUGAUGAAGGCGACGUCUCUCCGGACGGAUCUGCAGGCCCGAGGUCUCCGGGUUCAACCUGAGGAACUUUAUUAUCCUGGAUCUGGUUCAAAGACGUUUUCUUCUGCAUUUAUCCGUUUGUUUGUGUGCAAAUCUGACUGUUUGACCUUCUUCCUACAGGCAUUACUUUGGUUUUCAUGUAAAAUGAAGGAUAAAUAUAUAUUUUC